AUGGUUAUUGAAACAAUAGAGGAUAGUCAGGAAGUUGUGAAUCGUUCGGUGAAUCUUAUCUGGAGGGCAACUCAUGGGAAGAUUGUUUCGAUUAUUUUUAAUCAAAUUCAGACGGUAACCUUAACAUUUGAUAAUGGUAAAGUUAAGACCGUGGGAAUUGAUGUACCGGAUGCAGUUCUUAUAAGGGAGAAUGUCUUUUCUCAGUUAUCGAGAGAACUUGCUGUCUCAAAUAAAGAUAAUCCUAUUAAUGUGGAUGAUUCAUCUACAUCGACAGUUGAGGAUGAACUCGCAGGUGAUAUUCAGGGUGAAGCUAUUUUAUUAACAAGUGUCAAUCAGAGUAAUCAAUCUCAGAAUAGAGGAGCCUCUCCAUCGACUGGUGUUAACCGGAGUAAUCAAUCUCAGAAUAGGGAAGCCUCUUUAUCAACUGGUGCUAAUCAAGAUAAUCAAUUUCGGGAUGGAGAAGCCUCUCUAUCGACUGGUGCUAAUCAGAAUAAUCAACCUCAGAAUGAGGAAGCCUCUUUAUCGACUGGUGCUGUUCAGGGUAAUCGAUCUUGGGAUGGGGAAGCCUCUUCAUCAACUGGUGCUAAUCAGAGUAAUCAAUCUAAACAUAAACGAGUUACUCAGAGCUCAGAAGUAAAUAAAUUUUCUAAGGUGUCAAAAGAAAAGAGAAAUAGGAAGAGGAUGCGAUUUCACAUUAAUAAGCAAAAGUUAAAGAUUCGACAAGAUAAAGAUAUGGAUAACACAAAUUGGUCUGAAUGUGAGGAAUGCCAUGGGGAGCGGAAGGAGUUAUGUAAAUUAUGUGGAUGUUUUAUAUGUGAACGGAAGAUUGAUGGGGGUCGUAUCCUCUUAUGUGAUGGUGACUGUGGUAACGGUUAUCAUACUUAUUGUUUGAAUCCCCCAAUUGAUAAAAUACCAUCUGGAAAAUGGUACUGCGAUAGAUGUAAAUCCCAAAGGGGAAAGAAGGUAGUUUUGAUAAAUGAUGAUAAUCGAAAUGAAGUCCAGAUUCCAUUGGAAAGAGAUGACUCGUUGGGAAUAAAUCAAUCUAUGUCAGAUGUUAUGAUAACAACAUGUGGUCCAUCGAUGGAUAUUGAUUUCCUGGGAUCAAAUAAUGAUGAUCGACAACUUGAUGAGAUUCGAAGAGAUGAUCCAGCAAGCAGGUCGCAUAUGUUGAAGAAAAUUUUUACCGAUGUUACGACUGAUCAAUUGGACAUACGUGGUGAUCAACUUCUUUCAAGGAAUGAUUCAAUGGAAUCUUUUUUCACUUUGGAUUUUAAUUAUCUUUUUGAUAUUGGUGAUAUUCAUUUUUCACUCAAAUCUCUACCAUCUUAUUCAACGUCAAAUUGGAAGGCUGAGGAGAAUAUGUUGAAGAUGAUAUAUGAUCUCCGAAAACCAUUUUUAGCAUUACUUGUGGUACUUUCGACUGAUUAUGAACGGAAAAAUAAUGGACUAUCACCUGUACCGAAAGUGUUACGUGGUCUCGUUGCAGAGAAGAUGAUGACCGCACUGUGUAUCGAUGAUAGGCAAGAACGGAGAUAUUGGAGUGGAAUGUGGAGAUUGAUUGAAUUAUUACAUGUGACUCGAUGUCCUGUGGCUAUUCUUAUAAUGGCUCGAAUUAAUUCCACAUUUUUGUUAAUGACAUCUAUUAACAAUUAUAAUAAAUUUCUUAUAGCUCUUUUGGGUGAUGAGGAAGCUCACCAUAAGAAUCCUGUAUUUGAUAAGUUAUUGAUGCAAAAGGGCUCCAUCGCAAAGUCGUUAGUAAAGGCGAUUAAAGCUUCAGGUGGCUUAAUGACCUUGGAGGAUCUUGCUGAUUAUCGUCCUGUACUGCGCGAGCCCGUUGUCGGUUAUUAUCACGGACGAAAGGUAAUAACGACACCCGAACCUGCAAGUGGUGCAAUAUUAAUCUUCAUGUUAAAUAUAUUGGAAGGGUAUGAGUUAAACAAGAGUAGUCUUACUGGAAUCAAUUUACAUAGACUUGUCGAGACACUCAAGUUCGGUUUUGCACGACGAACAGAAUUGGGCGAUGCUGCGUUUUUUGAAAACAAAACCGCACACGAACUACGCAUCUUGGAUAUAAUCUCCAAGAAAUACGCAAGCAUAGUGAGGAAUAAUAUAUCAGAUGACAGAACGCACGAAACAGAAUAUUAUAAUCCGGUCUACGCAGAAAAAAAUGAUCAUGGAACAACACAUCUUUCCACUAUCGACAAAGAUGACAUGGCUGUGGCUUUCACUUCAACCGUAGUGGAUCCCAACACCGGAAUAAUAUUCAACAACCAAUUGGAUGAUUUCUCGAUACCCGGUGGACCCGAUAUUUUUGGAAUGUAUCCUUCGCCUUAUAACUUCAUCGCGCCCGGGAAGAAACCAUUAUCGUCGACAGUACCAACAAUAAUCGAGAAAGAUGGUAAACUUGAGAUGACUCUAGGAGGUAGCGGUGGCACUAGAAUACUUACAGCCGUGUUGGAAGUAAUAUUGGAUGUCUUUGAUUUCGACAUGAACGUAUUACAAGCCAUUAAAAAAUCUAGAAUUCAUCAGCAAUUGAAGCCCGAAAUUGCAUUCGUAGAAUCAGGAUUUCCAUUCGAAAUUUUGAAAGACUUAGUAAACACUCAAAUUUAA